UAAAAUGUCAGUAGGAGACACUUUGCAAAAAACGAAAGAAAACAAAGCAAACAAUAAUUAAAGGUAGAUGAUUGUGUUUUAAUGAAUAAGUUAAUAAAAGUUGCAAUCAAAUUAAUGUAGCGGAAAACAAAGAUAAAAAGAGAGCCAACGACAAAAAACUUACAAAGGGAAUAAUUAAAACGCAUUUUGGAAAAUUUUUUCGUGUGCAUGUCAAUAAACGACUACAAAGUCGAACUACGUCACUUUUACAGCAAAAAGGAAGGGAAAUCAGCUAUAACAAAAAAAAAAAGAAAACUUGUGAGGGUAUUUAAAAGUAAACCGCCCUCCAAUUGAUUGUUGUCUAAAGGAAUUUCAAAAGAAUCGCCUUCAAGCUGAACUACGAAAGCAUGGAUUUGCAGCAUAUGGAAAAUGGCAUAGGUAGUGGGGGCGGUGGUGGGAGUGGUAUUGGUGGCGGUAAUAAUAGUAACUCACAGACCUUGAGUGAAAUUGAUUUUCAAAGAUUGGCCCAGACCAUUGCCACCAGCAUACAAAAAAUCCAACAAAAUGUUGUUACUAUGCAACGUAUGGUCAACCAAUGUAACACACCUCAGGAUUCACCCGACUUAAAGAAACAAUUGCACCAACUUAUGAUGUAUACUAAUCAAUUGGUAACCGAUACCAAUAUUCAACUGAACGAAGUCGAAAAAUGUAAAGAACGUCAUUUGAAAAUUCAAAGAGAUCGUCUGGUGGAUGAAUUUACAGCAGCUUUAACUAAAUUUCAGACUCUGCAACGUAAGACGCUCGAUAUUGGAAAGAAUCAAGUGCGCCAAGCACGUGCAAAUCAAUACAACAUCUCUAAACCCCCUGGGAACACAAACAAUGCUUCGAAUGGCAGUAAUAAUUCAUUUUUUGAUGACAAUCUCUUUGGACGUAAAUCACAGCAACAAACGCAAAUGCAAGAAGAUAUUGAUUUACAAGCUUUGGAGGAACAAGAAAGAGCCAUUCGGGAAUUGGAGGAAAAUAUUGUUGGUGUUAAUGAAAUCUACAAGAAAUUAGGUUCAAUGGUUUAUGAACAAGGACUGAUCAUCGAUUCGAUAGAAUCGUCCGUUGAACACACCAGCGUCUAUGUAUCUCAGGGAUCUGAAAAUCUGCGCAUGGCCAGUUCCUAUAAGAAUAAAUUACGCAAAAAGAAAUUGAUACUUUUGGGUAUAUUAGCAGUGAUUGUCUUAAUCAUAGUUCUAAUACUAAUUAUGAAAUUCAAGUAAUUGAAAUUCUAGUAGAUAUGUUUUAUCUAUUUAGAAUUUCAUGUGUAGUUUCCAUUGUGUAUAGAAUGAAUCUAAAGAUAUAAGCAGAGCAAAAACAGAAGAAUUAUAUUAGCCUAACCCCCUUCCCCCUAAAAAGAACCAAGUGUUUCUGGCAUUCGUCAUCGUGUGUUAACCUUAAAAGCAAAUGUGGGCCUUGUCUGGAAAUCUCAAUAAAACUACCAUGAAAACUAACUGUAGAAACAAUGGUCAAUACUUUUCAAAAUAAGACAUUUAAUGAGCCACAAACAGACUGAGAUAAAGGUCGUUCUUUAUCUUGUAUUGAUGCCAUGUUUUCUUUUUGUUACGAAUAAAGGCUGAACAAGCUUUCCAAUUAAAAAACAAGCAUACGUCCUUGGGAAAAAAAAACUUGUCAAAAAUAAACAAAAUUGUAAAGUCCCGCUAGAAAAUUUAAUGAACGCAGAAAUAACUAUAUUGGCAGAAAAGGUGAUAAAAUACUGAUUUUUCUUCUCCUUUUUCCUAUAGACUUAUAUCAGCUUUCAUAUAAUUUUUUGUGUGUGAUUACAAGUACAUUUUCGUAUUAUUUUUUAGACAGAACGAAAUAUUUCCAAAUAAGGUUCAUACAUUAUUAUUCCAAAACAAUACGAAAAAAUAUUGAAAUUCCAUAUUUUUUAUAAGAGUCUUUUAAUUCCUUUUUGUUGCUAUUAUUUUUCUUAAAACUUUUUUGUUGAGGUGUGGUUAUAAAUGUCAAAGAAAAUGUCAAUGCUAUCAGAAUAUGCUUUUAUUGCCAACAAAAUUUGGGUGUGUCUUAUUUAGUUUUAUGAGCUACCUUUUGUUCUAUGUGUUAUUAGUAUUUCCUUUUUGGGCCUAUAUUUUUUCUUGUGUUAAUUUAUAUCACAUUAUUAUUAUUAUUAUUAUUAUUAUUAUUCUAUUUAGCAAUUGUAUAUGUAUUCAGAUAUUAUAAUAUUAUUUAAGUAUAUCAAAACUAAAACGAUGUAUUGUAUAGAAAAAAGAAAAACAUUAAUUUAUAAAUUACAAGCUUAAUCCAAAUUGAAAGAACAAACCAACAAAAACAAACAUAAAACGAUAAGAAAAUCAUUUCAAUUUUAGUCGCAGCAGUAACAGCAAUGUAUGAUAAAAUCAUAAGAAUCCAAAUUUUAUCACUUCUACUACUAAUAAUAAAACAAAUUUAACAAAUUUGAAAA